GCACCGUUCGAGUGUGGCACUCCAACACCUACCGACUAGAAAACACACUCAACUAUGGCAUGGAGCGGGUGUGGUGUAUCAGCGGCCAGCCGGGCUCCAACAGCGUGGCUCUGGGCUACGACGAAGGCAGCAUCAUCAUCAAGCUGGGUCGGGAGGAGCCGGCCAUGUCCAUGGACUCCAGCGGGAAGGUCAUGUGGGCUCGUCACUCCGAGGUGCAGCAGGCCAACCUGAAGGCGCUGGGAGACACCGAGAUAAAGGACGGAGAGAGGCUCCCACUGGGCGUCAAAGACAUGGGCAGCUGUGAGAUUUACCCCCAGACCAUCCAACACAGCCCCAACGGGAGGUUUGUGGUGGUGUGUGGAGACGGAGAGUACAUCAUCUACACCGCCAUGGCCCUGAGGAACAAGAGCUUCGGCUCGGCUCUGGAGUUCAUCUGGGCGCACGACUCCUCGCAGUACGCCACCAGAGAAGGCAACAACAUGGUCAAGAUAUUUAAGAACUUUAAGGAGAAGAAGACUUUUAAACCUGACUCCGGGGCUGAAGGUAUCUUUGGUGGUUUCUUACUGGGAGUGAGGUCCAACAGCGGGCUGGCCUUCUACGACUGGGAGAGCGCCGAACUCAUCCGCCGUAUUGAGAUCCAGCCUAAAUAUAUCUUCUGGUCUGACUCCGGGGAGCUGGUGUGCAUCGCUACAGACGAGUCUUUCUUUGUGCUGCGCUACCUACCAGAGCGAGUGGCAGCAGCCCAGGAGUCCAAGGCAGAGAUGACAGAAGAUGGCAUAGAGGACGCGUUCGAGGUGUUGGGGGAGGUCCAGGAGGUGGUAAAGACUGGAGUUUGGGUGGGAGACUGCUUCAUCUACACCAGCUCUGUAAACAGACUCAACUACUAUGUUGGAGGGGAGAUCAUCACCAUCGCUCACAUGGACAGGACCAUGUAUCUGCUGGGCUACAUCCCAAAGGACGACCGUCUCUACCUCGGGGACAAGGAGCUGAACGUCAUCAGCUUCUCCCUGCUGCUCUCUGUGCUGGAGUACCAGACAGCUGUCAUGAGGAAGGAUUUCAGUACAGCUGACAAGGUUCUUCCCACGAUCCCCAAGGAGCAGAGGACCAGGGUGGCCCUCUUCUUGGAGAAACAGGGCUUCAGACAGCAGGCCCUGGCUGUCUCCACCGACCCUGAACACAAGUUUGAGCUCGCUCUGCAGCUGGGGGAGCUCAAGACGGCCUACCAACUGGCCCUGGAGGCAGAGUCAGAGCAGAAAUGGAAGCAGCUGGCUGAGCUCGCCACUACAAAGUGCCAGUUUAGCUUGGCUCAAGAGUGUUUGCACCAAGCUCAGGAUUACGGAGGAUUAUUGCUGCUGGCCACCACCUCGGGCAACGCAGACAUGGUGGGCAAACUGGCAGAGGGAGCAGAGAGGGACGGGAAGACCAACGUGGCCUUUCUUACCUACUUCAUGCAGGGGAGACUGGACAAAUGUCUGGACCUUCUUAUCAAAACUGAUCGACUGCCAGAGGCUGCAUUCUUGGCAAGAACAUACAUGCCCAGCCAAGUCCCAAGGGUGGUGAAGCUGUGGAAAGACAGCCUGUCCAAGGUCAACCAGAAAGCAGCAGAUGCUCUGGCUGACCCCACCCAGUACAGCAACCUGUUCCCUGGCCUCCAGCAAGCCCUGCUGGCUGAACAGUACCUGAAGGAGACUCAUGUCAGGGUCAGACCCGCUGCAGAAUACCCAAUCGUCACGCCAAACGAGGAUCGCAACGUUCUGGAGGAAUCUGCUGGUUUCAUGCUCACAGGAGACAUCGCUGUGCCAGAGAAAACGGUGGAGAGCAUGAGUGAAACCCUCGUUGUAUCAGCAGUGACAGAAAUUGCACAUUCAGAAGCAGCAGUGGUGGAGGAGCUCAUUCCACUAAACCAGGAGUCCACUGACCCUGUUUCAGUACCACAAGAAGCAUCUGUUCCAACAGCAGCAGCCGCUCUUCCUGUCACUGCAACAGAAGAGCAUGUUGAGCCACAACAAGCACAGCCUUGUGAGGUGGAAGCAGAGGAGGAGGAGGACGCCAUGACUGAACCGGAGGCUUUAGUCUCUGCAGAGGAAGACAUUUUGCAGGAGCCCGUCAUUGAGAUUCCUGCUGCAGAGCCAGAGGUGGUCCAAUUCAGUCCUGAGGAAGACGACGCAUCAUCCGCUGAGAUCGACGUUCAGGAAACAUCUCCGUCAACAGAAGCUCUACCUGCCGUCGGUGUUCCUGAAACAGAAACCAUCAUGUCAACACAAGAAGCACCCGGUGAGCCAGCGGCAGCAGAAGAGGAUCUCCUGGUUAGCACAGAUGAUGCUCUGAUCGCACCAGAAUCAUUUGCAACGAGUGAAGUGACCAGUAACGACAACCUGGUAACAGAUUUGAUCUCCUCAGAAGUUCCACCCCUGAUAGACAUCGCAGCAGCAGAAGAGACUCCUGGCGCUGAGGAACUGGCUCCAGAAGCAUCACAGGUAGCAGUCGAAGAGCUCAUCUCGUUUGAAACCACUGACAGUCCGGCGCUGGAUGAACCUGUUCCGGUCCAAACUUUUUCAGAGUUGGCCCUUGAUCCACUGCUGGACUCACUUGAAGAUACGGUACCAGUGUUGAAGCCGCUUCCAACACAAGAAUUAGUGCAAGAGGAACAAACCGCAGCACUCCCGGUGAAGCCGGAGGGCAAGUCGGAGUCUGCGAUUCCUCCACAGGCUGAGCCAGAGGUUUCAUCCCCCGCAGCAGCUCCUGCAGAAGAGGAAGAGGAGGCAGGUCCUGAGGGAUCUGAGGAAGCAGCAGAGGACCUGGAGGGAGAGAUGAAUGACGAGGCCCUGGAUGAUCUGGAUCUGGACAAUUUUGACCUGGAAGACAUCGACACCUCAGAUGUCAACCUAGAUGAGGAUUUCCUGGUUGAUUAGAAAAAGCACAGUCUUCAGCAAGCCAUUUUCCUAAGUGACCAAAUAAGAGAAAGGGCCAUCACUCAUGUCGACACGCCACGCUGCCUGUUAACGAACAAGCAUCCUCCUCCUCGUUUGUGGGCCAAAGUGGUCAUUUAUAAUAAGAACAGGGAUUCCCACGUUCAUGCUACUGCAGGAAAACUUGUACAAAUGACACUUCAAACACUGACCAUCCUGAAGAGGUCAGGCUGCAUUUAAGCCCCAUCUAAACCCAUUCAGUAGUAAAAGCAAACAAGGAACAAACAGGGAUUACUGCAGGCUGUUCCUACUGACCUGUUUUCAUUUUGUAUUUUCACGUAAAUAAUUGGGGUUUGCCUGUAACUCAUUCCUAAGUGGAUUAAGCUCGACUCGGUGACAGCAACGACCACAUUAUUAAAACAAAAAGACUCCAGAUACCUCAUAGCACCACUGUUGAUCAGGGUGUCGUCAAAGCCAUUGAGCAGCAUUUUAUAUGUGUCUAUGCAGGGCAAAUCCUCUGAAUGCCACCAUUUUUUAAAAAUAUAUAAUGUAAAUUCCUAAAUUUUUAACAAGCAGAAGUCGUACAAACCCCUCAUUUGGUUCUAUUCAUGGCUUUUAUUAGCUUUUUGUUGCAUGUUUACCUCUCAAACCCGAGGUCAAAACCUAGUGCUGUUCCUAGAUUAAAUAAACUAAAACCUUGUUCCAG